GGCAGGUGAGCAGUUCCCCCGCUCUACCUGCUCCCCCUCCUCCUCCUUCUCCUCUCUUGGCGUCACUCAAGCAUAAGACUCCUAAGUCUGGCAGUCGCAUUCCCUCAGGCUAACUAGACGCCACCCACUGUCCUAGCUCCUCGCCAAGACUCGCGAAUUUUAACAUUUAUGCUCAACGAGGGAUAUGUGACGCUUUUUAGUGUUGUUGUGUCGUGCAUGUGAUACUGUGGUGCUAGCAUUCGUGUGAAGAUCUCUGUUCAGCCAAACAAACAGCCGCCAAAUAGUGCAACAGGACAACGUGAGGAUCUCCAAGGUUAGGGACAAAGCAAAGCCGACGUGCAGAGUCAGAACACACGCUAUCAAUCAACUCGAGUUCACACAAACAGUCGUUUGUGAUCUCAAUUAAUAACUGUUUUGCUUCGGUUGUGUAUUCUCAAGCGUCCAAAACUACUGAAUGAGAAUAUCUGUUAGUGUGCAGAUUGUGUGACUAACCUUUUCCAUAAUGGCCAUGUCCCCACUGAACGUAGGAAGCCCGUCGGAAGUCCUCAAACGGAAAUCUCCCGAAGACAGUGACAAAAUUGUCCUCUCGCGCAAACAGCAUGUGACGAGCCCGCUGUCACUGACCACCUCGAGUACCACCCAAGUGUUUUCGGUCAUAGAGGGCGAGAUCAUGCACGAGGUGGACGAUGUGUGUGAUGACGUAGUCGACGAUGUUGUUGAUGAUGUAGUUGAAGAAGUUGACGAUGAGGAGCGCGUGGGCGGCCACCCGUCCAGCCUGGGCCCCAUCACAAGCAUCGGAGGCGUCGGGGGGUCCGCCUCCUUCGCCUCAACCCCCAGGAUACACACACCCACCACGGACUUCCAGCCCCCGUACUUCCCCCCUCCCUACCUGGGCACCGAGAACCAGAUGGCGACACACCAUCCAGCGGCCGACCCGUACCAGCUGCAUUCCCUCCCCACCAACUACACCACCUACACCUCGGCUACACUUCAGAACAGACACGAGGUCCCCCGGAGGGAGGACCCCCUCCACGUCACUGGCCAGGUUGGGCUCUACGAUCGAACGUACGCGGGCGUGGACCGGGCGGGCGCAGUGCUCAUGGGCGCCGCUCGACAUGAAGACAUCAUCCUCAGCAACACCAUCCACCCGCACACCAUCGAGGAGCCGGGCUCAAGAGUGAGAAGGGCAUGGGCCUAUCCGGCAUGCCCUCAGGCAAUGACGUUUUCUGCUCCGUGCCCGGCCGGCUGUCCCUCCUCUCCUCGACCUCCAAGUAUAAGGUGACGGUGGCGGAGGUACAGCGCCGCCUCUCCCCGCCCGAGUGCCUCAAUGCCUCCCUCCUCGGGGGUGUCCUUCGCAGAGCCAAGAGCAAGAACGGCGGCCGCAUCCUGAGGGACAAGCUCGAGAAGAUUGGGCUCAACCUGCCCGCCGGCCGGAGGAAAGCGGCCAACGUCACCCUCCUCACGUCGCUGGUCGAAGGCGAGGCGAUCCACCUAGCAAGAGACUUCGGUUACGUCUGCGAGACUGAAUUCCCAGCCCGGCAAAUUGCAGAGUACCUGUGUCGUCAGCAUUCUGACCCGGCCGAGCAGUACAGGCGGAAGGACCUUAUUCUUGCCACAAAACAAAUCACCAAAGAGCUGAUGGACCUGUUGAAUCAGGACAGGUCGCCAUUAUGCAACACCCGACCACAGAUCAUCCUGGAGCCGUCCAUCCAGCGACACCUGACGCACUUCUCUCUCAUCACGCACGGCUUCGGCUCCCCGGCCAUCGUCGCGGCGCUCACGGCCAUCCAGUGUUUGGUAUGACAAAAUGUAUAAAAGUUUCACCCUUACCUCCUUGCGCACAAUGCUAAUGCAAAUUGUGUAUCUGUUGCUUCAACCUAUGUUGUUUCCUUAGAUUUUUGUCAUAAAGAUGUGCACUGAUCUGCAGACGAUCCAAAUCUUUUCCCUUCUUACCCACCUCCCCCCCCCCCCAAAGUACAAUCAAGGGCUUGAAAUUCUUAAGUCCGUAUUUAUAUGCUGCUUAAGCCCUUUCUAUGUCAUUAACUCCCUAUCGUCAUAUCACUUGCUUAGUAUCAGUAUUUAGUUUCACUAGUCUUAAUCACUGUUCCUUUGUAUUUCCCUCAAUAUGCUUAGAAUGUUUCUUCUUAACGUUUCAGGAAAUACAUAAUUUGGCUUCAUUUUUCUCAUUUUCCUGAAAGUGCAGUGCUUCAGUUUCUCUUACAAGACAUUUAUCGAGACUGUUCAGUUAGAAUUUUAUGUUAAAUCAACAACUGAAGAGCAUGUUAUAACUUCACUGUGAUCCCUUUGGAACCCAGUGUAAUUUAGAAUAUUUUUAUAUUUUCUUUGUACACGAGUGAAUAUUGUGAUGUAUGUACUUAGUUGUCCAUUAAGUCAUAAUAACAUGUGUUGCCAUGAAUGCUUCUGUUGGAUUAGAGCACCAAUUCUUAACUUUAGAUGAGUACAAGGGGGCAUGUAACCAUGUUACCAAGAAAUAUGCAUUUACUGUUACUACAUAUAAAAUCAAAAAUUGAUGCUCUUCUCUUACACUUUUUUUAAUCUCCUAUGAAUCUGACCCAGUGGUUAAUUUGGGUCAUGGUGACAGAAACAAUUUUUGUUUUCAUUCUGUGCUUUGAAUACUCUGAUUCUCAAUAAAGACAGUGAGGGCUUUGAGUAAGAUGCCCAUGUUAGGGUUCAUCUCAUAUCAGGACCGAUGAUGGUCUAAGUAUAUAUUCUACUUAAUACAUUUUACUCCUUGCCCUUUCAAGUGUCUGUAAGUAAGGCGUUGCUCAGACAUCUUUCUUGUACAAAGGAAAGACUUUUUGUUGCCCAAUUCCAUGUAUGUUAUUAUAUUAUUGUGUAAGGUAUUUUAUACUGUGCCACAACAUGGUACAAGGUCUCCACAACCUGGUUGUUUUGUGUGUUCCUCCAUAAUGGAUGGUACCAUCGUGCUGUAUAGUUUAUUUGUCAACUUGAAAUAAUUUUAAUGCUAAAGGAUGCCAUAUGUAGAAUAAUAAUAAUAAAAAAAUCUUAACAAGA